GAUUUCAAACCAGUUCCAUACCCCAAAAGUGAUUAUGGAAAAUUAUACACCGGAGAUUCUUACAUCGUCUUGUUUACAAAAAUUAGGAAGGACGGCAGAAAAUCCUACGAUCUCCACUUCUGGUUAGGAGCUGAUACUAGUCAGGACGAAGCCGGCGCAGCGGCCAUACUGUCCGUCCAACUGGACAACCAGCUGAACGGGGAGCCCAUCCAGUACCGCGAGGUCCAGGACCAUGAGUCACAGCUCUUCCUCGCCCAUUUCAAGCACGGCGGGGUCAGGUACUUGCCAGGUGGAGUCACUUCCGGCUUCCACCACGUCGACCCUAACGCGUUCGAGAAGAGGCUGUUCCAGGUCAAAGGUUCCAGGAACAUCCGGGUCAAGCAGGUCGUACCGAGCAUAGCGUCCAUGAACAACGGCGACUGUUUCAUCUUGGAUGUUGGCAGGAACAUCUACGUGUACGUAGGAUCGAAUGCCAGAAGGGUCGAGAAGCUAAAGGCGAUCAAUGCUGCGAACCAGAUCAGAGAUCAGGACCAUGCUGGGAAAUCUAGAGUCACUAUUGUUGACGAAUUCAGUCCGGAGAGCGACUACACCCACUUCUUCGAAGCCCUGGGCGAGGGCUCCAGAGACUCCGUCCCAGACAAAUCGACCGGCGACGACGACCAGCACUUCGAAACCGUCGAGGAGGGCCACGUGACCCUCUACCGGGUGUCCGACAGCACGGGUGCCGUCCAGAUCACUCCGGUGGGCCAGAAGCCUCUCGAAGCCUCCUUGUUGGACCCGAACGACUGUUUCAUUUUGGACACCACCGAUGCUAAUUUGUACGUGUGGAUUGGGAAGAGGUGCGACGAAAGGGAGAAGGGGGAGGCUAUGCGGAAGGCCGACGAGUUCCUGACUUCGAAGAAGUAUCCCAAGUGGACGCACGUGCAGAGGAUCGUGCAUGGUGCUGAGCCGACGGCGUUCACGCAGUAUUUCAGAUCUUGGCAAGCUGUCGGCGAGACCCACCCUCGCCUGUUGCGUUCCGUCAGCGCCACGUGUCGCCUCUACCACUGCCAGAUACGUGCCAGGUCGCACAGACUCCUAGUCGAAGAAGUCCUACAUUACGAACAGGAGGAUCUUUCCGAUGAUGAUAUCAUGGUUCUGGACGCGGACUCGGAAGUGUUCGUGUGGGUCGGAAAGGGGGCCUCUAGCGAAGAAAAAGAAAAAGGACCUCGGUUUGCAGAGAACAUUCUGAAGAAGCAUGGACGCGAUGACGUGCCAGUGAAAAUUAUCAACCAAGGAGAAGAACCUGAAGAAUUCACCAGCCUCUUUCCGGCAUGGGAGGCCGAUUUCUGGGACAAUUUACCGGACGUCAGACAUUUCAUUAGGAAUGAACAGGCUGAUGAAGAAGACUGA